UGGGUGCAUCCAGCCAGCUCCAUUUAGCACAUUGUAGUAACAGUAGCUGAGAUCCCAAAUCCAGACAAGGCAAUGCACAGCUGUGCUCUAAACUAAUUUCAUUUAAUUUUGGUAUUCCCUCACGACUCUGAAGUGGCUAGCAUAGGCAUGGGCUAUAAAGCAAGGGAACUGUAGCACUGACCAGGAGGCAACCCUGACACCUCAUGCAGGGCCACUCACCACCUGUGAUGUUGGGCACUUCUGAACAAGAAUAUGGAAGUUGCACACAAGCACAAAACUGGCAGGAAGGAUUAACUUAUCCUACUGAAAGCUGCACUGCCAAGGUGGCACCAGAGUCUGAAAUGCCUAUUUCUUUUCCAGCCCCACAGUCUGAUUGCUAAAUAUAGCUAUCUACACAGCCAAAUAUUUAAAGCAAAAAAGCAGCCAGUAAACAUGAAGCAGUCUUCCCACCCAAGACAGUUUGUGGUUAAUAGAUGUUCUUAGCGACUCCAAACUGUCAUAAUCACUCUAAGCAGCAGAAACUGUAAAUGACAAAGCAAGUUUAGCUUCCUCUGUAUCAGAGAAUUCCUCUGUGGUAACGAAGCUCUAAGAUACAUUCUCCUCUCUAUGCCAUACAUCACUUUCUACUGCAGGAUGGGAAGUUUUCCAGCCCUGCUGCUCCUGCUGGUGCUACCAGGUAAGGCUUUGAAUCACUCUGAGGAGCAGGGUGCUCUCAGUGCUGCUGUACACACUGCGCGCUGUUAUUUGCUUGAACACUUUUUAUUCAGGCCAUUUAUGGCCAGGCAAAGAAUAGGAUUGCCAGAUGUCAACAAGAGGAGAUGUUCAGCCUGAAAUGUGUUUAUUUUAUUUACAUAAGCCUAGGUUUUCUCAGUCUGAAAUCACCCAGCAUAUGGGGAGGGAAAUCUGUGUUUGUUAUUUUCUCCUGAAACAUGAUGGAUGAGGUAUUGUGAGCAAUGUGAGACAGGCUAGCUGCUGUUUGCUUUCUUACAGCCUGUGAAUACUGAGUCCACAGAGAGGAACAAUGUGAAUAACAAUGGAAAAAGGGUAGUGGCACCAAGGCUGGGUAUGGAUGUUUCUUUAUGCAAACCUGCAGAGACAGAUAACUCUUCUCACAGUCCCAGAGGUAUCAGGAGUGUGAUGCAAGAAAAAGUGGCACAGGAAGCUGUGAUUACUUCUGGCAUCAAUUUUCUUCUUCCUUUCAAAGGAUCACACAUGGCAGGAGAGGACACGCAAGUGUUUCUGCAAGUACAAGGAGAGUCCUUCAGAGCUAACUGCUCAUAUGACGUGCACAAGCACUCACAUGAGAAGAAAUUCUGGUGCAAGGAACAAUCAGAAAAAUACUGUCCAGACUUAUCCUUGAGCUUCCCUUCAGAAGAAAGGAUUGGUCCUAGCCGUGCACUGUACCAUCCAGCUGAGCUGAGAGACUCUGGAGGCGGCUGGUUUUCUGUAAUCAUGACAGCACUUCGAAAAGAGGAUUCUGGCACAUAUCAGUGUGGAGUUUGGGUUGAAAUGAAGCAAGUUUUGCUGCAAAGAAUACAGAUGGUGGUUUCACCUAAGGAACCUGUAACAGUAUUUGCCAAAAAAGGGAAAUCUCUGUUCCUCCACUGCUCCUAUUCUGUGACAAUCAACAUCGGAGAACUUCAGCAUUUUAUUUGGUGCAAAAUGGUGUCCCAAAUUACUUGUCAGCCUGUUAUCAGAGGUAACGCUGAUCAAAGUAUUGUUAAAGCAGGGAGGACUGAAAUGAUGAAUGACUUCUCAUGGAAAAUGAUUAGAAUGUGGCUGAAAAAGCUAGAACUUAAUGACUCAGGAGAGUAUCGUCUUGCGAGCCAUGUCCAGGGGAGAAACAAACUACUGAGGAGGAUUGUGCUGAAAGUUUUGGGGGAAAAAUGGAAUAUGGAUGCCAGCCCCACAGACAACAGCAGAAAGGACCAGAGGACUCCUUAUGCUGUCGUGGUGCUGAUUUCCUUACUGACUACAGCUGCCCUGAUCGCUACUGUUACACUCAUCAUCAGCUACAUGGGGAAGAAAAGGGCAGGAAAAGAGAUGGACUUUGACAGACAUCCUGCUUUCAGAAAGGGAGUGCUACAGGAAGGAAGAGAAAAAUCAAGUAAAAUGUCAGAUGGGGACCACAAUGAGAGUACAAUAUAUGCUGCAAUAAGGCACCAACCUCAACCCAAACCUGAAGAUGUUAUGUAUGUCAACAUACAGCCUUCACCAAAAGUUUUCUUCCUUCAGGAACCACCAGAGAGCUCACAUCCCUCAGGGCCUGUGGAAUAUGCUACCCUUAUCUUCAAGGACACAACUCCACAAUCUGAAAUUGAAGAGAGAAUAACAGGUCCACUGAAAGAAAGCAGCACAAAGCCUUCAGCUUAUUGAUGGAACGCUGCUGAACUGAGCUCAGAAACAACCCGCUUGUAACCAAUUGCUGGAGAUGUGUACACACAGGAUUGCUGAAAGGAUGAGAUACAUGGAUGCACAAAUCUUCCCUGAAAAACAACCAAACUUUCCUAACAGCAUAGCAGCACAACUCAGCUAUCAUGAACAAACACUGUGAAAGGCUGUGGCAUGUGAGCAACUAUAAGCCCAACUUCAGGAAACAGGCUGUCUGCGAUAGCAGCAGAUCCAGUGCCACAGCCAGCAAUGGGAGAGAGAUAUGGGAGCACAGCACUUCCGUUUGGACUUCUAACUCACUUAAAUAUCUGCACGUGAAAUGUUAAUUACUGCCCACUGAUUAGGACCAAAACAGCACAGUGGUAAAGUACCUGGUGAAUUUUAGCACAGAGUUGUUUUGUGUAGUUCAGAGAGACAAGUAAUGCUCUCAGUGUUUCACCAAACCAGGGCUUUGCUGAAUAGUAUUUGUCCACAUAAAAUGUCUUCAGUCUGAACAUAAAGUUGCAGAAUUCAGACUGUAUGUAUAACUUUGGGCUUCCUUGCCUUUCCUGCUUGUUUAUUAGUGCCACACCCACGCUACAGUAUAACUCUGUCUUGGCUCUGUUAUAAAUUUCACUCAUUCUGAUCAAACUACCGAAUCCUGUUAUCGUGGUGAUAAACACAAACACUCCUAGGAAUUACGGAUAACUCCUAAAAUAAAGCUGACUAAGAUUCUCACCUUUACUCUCUGAGUUGGAUCCACAGCUGCUGAACAUGAUACAGAAAUGGGUUUUGUUUUUUUUUAUACUACAACUAGAAGAAAAGGAACGUGAAAAGGCACAGUCAUCAAUUAAUCA